CAGUUUCCGGGGGGGACGGGGACAGCGUCGGACCCGACAGGGCUGGGGGGCGACAGCGGGACGGACCGGGCCGACCCUACGGGCACUAGCGCGGGGGGCCGACCCGGCUGGGCCCGCCGAGGCCGCCGCCAUGUUCGCGGGGCUGCAGGAGCUGGGGGUGGCCAAUGGGGAGGACCUGAAGGAGACGCUGACCAACUGCACCGAGCCGCUCAAGGCCAUCGAGCAGUUCCAGACAGAAAAUGGAGUCCUUCUGCCCUCUCUCCAGUCUGCUCUGCCAUUCUUGGACCUCCAUGGUACUCCUAGGCUGGAAUUUCAUCAGUCUGUAUUUGAUGAGCUGAGAGAGAAAUUGCUAGAGAGAGUUUCAGCCAUUGCCUCAGAAGGAAAGGUUGAGGAAAGAUACAAAAAGCUGGAGGAUCUGCUGGAGAAAAGCUUUUCCUUGGUCAAGAUGCCAUCUAUACAGCCUGUGGUGAUGUGUGUCAUGAAACACCUGCCCAAGGUCCCUGAAAAGAAACUGAAGUUAGUGAUGGCGGAUAAGGAUUUAUACAAAGCAUGUGCCGUGGAGGUGAAGCGCCAGAUCUGGCAGGAUAACCAAGCUCUGUUUGGUGAUGAGGUGUCCCCAUUGCUGAAACAGUACAUCCUGGAGAAAGAAAACACUCUCUUUAGUAGUGAUCUCUCUGUCUUGCACAACUUCUUCAGUCCCUCUCCAAAAAUGAGACGUCAGGGAGAGGUGGUUCAGAAGCUGACACAGAUGAUUGGGAAGAAUGUGAAGCUAUAUGACAUGGUGCUACAGUUCCUAAGAACAUUGUUCCUUCGGACGAGGAAUGUCCAUUACUGCACGCUACGGGCAGAGCUCCUGAUGUCGCUGCAUGACCUGGACAUCAGCGAGAUCUGUACUGUUGACCCCUGUCACAAGUUCACCUGGUGCUUAGAUGCCUGCAUUCGGGAGAAGUUUGUGGAUAACAAGCGAGCUCGAGAGCUGCAAGGAUUUCUGGAUGGAGUGAAGAAAGGACAAGAACAAGUACUGGGGGAUUUAUCAAUGAUCUUGUGUGAUCCCUUUGCCAUUAACACCUUAGCUUUGAGUACCAUACGGCAUCUGCAAGAGCUGGUUGGGCAAGACACCUUACCUAGGGAAAGUCCAGACCUCUUGUUGCUGCUAAGGAUGCUGUCUCUGGGACAGGGAGCCUGGGACAUGAUUGACAGCCAAGUCUUCAGGGAGCCUAAAAUGGAACAUGAGUUGAUCACCAAGUUCUUGCCGAUGCUGAUGUCUUUUGUGGUGGAUGACUACACAUUCAACGUAGAUCAGAAACUGCCAUCAGAAGAGAAAGGGCCAAUUCCCUACCCCAGCACCAUUCCCGAAGCUUUUACCAAAUUCCUUCAGGAGCACAGAAUAGCCUGUGAGGUUGGGCUAUAUUACAUACUUCACAUAACUAAACAGAGGAACAAGAAUGCUUUUCUCAGGCUCCUGCCAGCACUAGCUGAGACAUUCAGUGACCUAGCCUUCAGUGAUAUUUUCCUGCACCUGCUCACCGGUAACCUCACGUUGUUGGGUGAUGAAUUUGCGCUGGAGGACUUCUGUACCAGUCUCUUUGAUGGGUUCUUCCUCACUGCCUGCUCAAGAAAAGAGAACGUCCAUAGACACGUGCUAAGAUUGCUACUUCACCUGCAUCACAAAGUGGCACCUACCAAAUUUGAAUCACUCCAGAAGGCUUUGGAACCUACCAAGCAGAGCGGCGAAGCUGUGAAGGAUCUUUAUAACCAGCUCAGCGAGAAACUGGAGCUUCGCAAACCCAGUCCAGCCCCGGUGGCUGAAACUCCAUCCAUGGAACUGACUUUGCCCACAGUGCCCACCCCAGCCUCGCUCUGAGCCACAUGAGCGGGGCUCUGAGAUAAGAGAAACUAACCUUUGCGUCCUGCAGAGUGGAGGCGUUUCAAUGUACUGCUAAGUGUCUCUGGCUACCAUGCUGGAAACUUACCUAAAGCCACUGAACCUUUUGCAGAAGCAGGACAUUGUCAGACACUGCAGUUUGUCCUUGAGCACUGUCUCUUGCUGGCUAGAAGGCUCAGUAUGCAGUGUGUUGCAUAGGUUUACUUUGCCUAAGGAUAGAUAGGUGGCUUCUUGUGGAUCUACCCAGCUUGUAUAAUUUUUUUCAAAAGACAAGUCUUAUUUUUAAACUCUGUAUCUUCUUGCAUUUUUAGUCUUACAAUUUUCUGGGGCAGUAAAAACCUGGUUGUGUAAUCAGGCAGAGGGACAAA